CGGCUAUUUUUAUUAGGCACAGUCGAGGAUAUCUUUUAGAACAGUUGUAGUUCAGCAAGCAGUCGAGUCUUUUUAUCAGGAAACAAACAAGAGAUAUUUUUAAAUUCGAGAAAUUACAGAAAAUUUACAUGGGUACCACCAUGAGUGACAUAACUGUUGGAGGAUCUACCUCACAUAAGUCAACAGAAGAAUUCGACGAUAAUUGUAGUGUGGGCAGUGUGGAAGAUGGCAAGUACUCUCCAAUAAGUUUUUAUCCCUGCCCAGAAAAUGAUAGUCGAAAAAUGCGUUCCUCAUCGCCGAUUGCAUCAGCUUCUAGUUCACGUAACUCUUCUUCUACUGAGAAUGGACUGAGCAGUAACAGUUUCUCUGAGUCUUUUUCACAUGCCAAAAGCCAGCCUCGAUGGGUCGAACCUGACAACUCGAAAGGGAUCCAGGUGAAUGCUAGAGAUCUUCCUUCAAAAAGGAAAACUUCCAAGAAGACAGGGGCGAAUGAGAAGAAAAAGCAAAAUUCUCUCACUCAUCCAAACUCCUCGCAUAGGAUCACAAGAUCGAAAAGCAAGCAAAUGCAAAGUACUGAGACCAUUCAAAUAACUUGCCCUAUAAGAGAAGAAGCAGAAGAAACAGAAAGUGCACCAAUUUAUCAUCAGCAGACAAUUUAUGAACAAUCCGCCGAAAAUGUUUUGCUAUUGGAAGAAAGGCAGGAAAAUCCUGAUUCGGCUAACAGCAUCUCAAAAGAGAGUGAAAUUCCAACAAAUGAGGCCAAUUUUGAAGAUCGCCUUACAGAAACCUCGAAUCAAUCAAUCGAAUUGACUCAACAAAAAAGUUUGACUUUAAACAUAGUAGGAUUACAAGGAAUGAACAACCAAACAGUCCAGCCUUUUAAUAUUGUCAUCCCGUCGGACAACGAGAUAAAAACAGUAAACAUCUCCUUCAACCAAGAGAAGAUUGGCAGUCCAAAGGUCAAACUUCAAACUGAAGAGAAGCACACUUCCCCCAUGCAGUCUACCUCCAGUGGUUACAACUGUUACACACCCAAAAGCAAAGGCAAAAUGGAAAAUUUAGCAACAUGCCCUAUUUCAAAACAGUCUAAACGAAAAUCCACCAAAUCCACGUCAAAGAAAAAAGUCAACAGUUCAAAAAAAGGAAAACAUUCGCGAAUGCCUAAUUACUCCGAUUCAUCUUCAUGUGAUUCAUCAGAUGAAUAUGAUAGCAGUGAUUGCUGCAGUUGUUCAUUCUGCAGUGAUGGCUAUGAUUCAUCAAAUUAUUCAAGCUCCAGCUCAUCAAACUGUUACUGUUGGGAAAAUUAUCGAUGUGCUCCAAAGAAACAAACAAAGAAACUUACAAAGAAAAAGUCUACAAAAAAAUAACAAUAGGCAUAGAAGUGAUUUAUGAUCUAUUGGUGGUUUAUUAAUUUUUUUGAAGCUUUAUGCAUGUAUUUUAAAAAGCCAAAUGAAUCAUUUUUUAACUUUCAUUUCUUAAAUUUAAUCUCUGUUUUAUUUGUUGUAGGUAGUCAAAUUUAUUUAUUUGAGUGUUUUGGAAAUUAGCCCCACACCGUUGAUAAUAUGUUGCAUAUUUUUUAAAGUGUAUAGAUUGUCCUGUUUUAACCACAAAAAUAAAUA